CAUUGCUACGUGAGUUACGUGGACUUCUAUCGUUGCACGAAGAUGAAGGGCGAGGGCUACGACGCCUGCAAUUAUUUCAAGAAAGCGUUCGAGUCACUGUGUCCCAAGUCGUGGAUCGAGCAUUGGGACACUCAGAGAGCCGAGAACCGAUUCCCUGGGCCGCUCUGA